CGCAUGCCGCAUUUUCGGCGCGUGCGGCUGCGGCUCAGCUGGAGUGGAGUCUGUGGAGUGGAGUGUGUGCUUGUUCGUUACGUUGUUCCUGUUCUCCUCGAUCAUGAGCCUUGAAUUGUGUCGGCUGUGUGCUGCGCGCAGUGACGACAUACCAAUUUUUGGUACCACAGAAUACCUGCCAUACAAGAUAAAUUUUACUCUAAACAUAGAGGUGAAGGAGAGUGACAGCAGAAAGACGAUUUGUCUUCUGUGUAAGACAAAAUUGACAGAAUUCCAUGAUUUCAAGAAUAUGUGUCGGAAUACCGAAGCCCAAGGCAUCGGAUCUCCAAAGAACUUACCAAUUUUGACGAAAAUUAAAGAGGAGCCCAAGGACUUUCAAGAACUCGCGAACCAGGUGGCCUCAGUGCCUGUUCCUAAUUCGGAACCUAUCAAGCUUGUGCCACUAAUCAGUUUACCAUUUCUCUUCAAAAAUGAUGUGAAAGUGGAGAAAGCUAAUGAUGCAAAGUCCCCGAAGUCUCCUGGCAGCAAUUCUUCAGUGGAGUCAUCAGUUGAUUACCUCAUAAACCAAGUGGAUACUGAUGACUCUAAAUCAAGUUUAGAAGAUGGAAAAAGAGAUGGUGAUAAAGGUGCUGACUCUUCUGAAGCAGGCAGUGCAGAUGUUGUUGCUCCCGGUGAUGACUCCUCUCACAAUAAUGCUGCUCCCACUGAUGAUAGUGCUUCUCUAAAUUGUGAUCAAGAAAAUGAUCCUCCUGAAAACAGUGCCAGUAAUCAUCCUGAUGACGAUUCUCUCGGGAAUGGUGCUUCUGAUGCUGGUGGCAGAAGGAGAGGCCGCAAGCGCAGAGUGCCGUCCCCAGAUGUGGAGUUGAAAAAACGAAGACUUACUCGGAGCUCUACCGGUGUUCUUCCGAAGAAGAAAAUAAUUAUAGACGAAUCAGAGGAUGAUUCGGAUCCUGAUGAUCCGGAAUACAAGGACCAGGUUAAUCAACCGGAGACGGAGAGUGAGAGUGAUGAGGAGGAGAAGAGCAAAUCACCUGUGCCACCUAUGAAGCCACCUAGCAAGUCACCCACCAAGUCUACCGCCAAGUCACCUACACCUGAGGUAAAGCCCAAGCCAUCAAAAAAUCUACCAGAGGGUACAUGUGUUAAAUGCGAGAAGCAAUUUCCUUCCACUAUGGCACUUGAAUCUCACCAGAUGGAAGACCAUUUCAAUGAAACAUGGUACUGUUAUGAUUGUUUGUGUGGCUUUCCAAAUUUUAAGACUUGGAAGUACCAUAAAAGAAAUUUUUGCAAAAAGUCUGCUGUCAUAAGAAUAUGUACCUCGUGUCAAGGAUCAUUUACAUCAUUUGAAGAACUAAAAGUUCAUUCGCAAACUUGUAAGGGCACACCCGAAAAAGGUGCCAAUGACUCUGCGAAGAAUUCUGAUCCACCAAAUCGAAAGCCUACUUUCCGGUGUUCUUUUUGUGCCAUUGAAACUGAUGAUAACACUGAGUUUCUGGAGCAUCUGAAAGUUCACAAGAAGAACACAAAUUCUAUUUUAAAAUGUAAUCAGUGUGAUAAAACUUUUAAAGAGAAAGGGGCUCUAAUAUGCCACAAAGAAUUUCAUCAUAAAAAUACCAAUCAAAAAUCAAAAAAUCCUAGUGAGAAACCAACUGUGAAGAGUGAUCCUGUAGUUGUAGAUGAUAAUUCUAAAGGUGUCCUUAGUCGAAAAAAUCAUAAAGAGUACAAGUGCAACAAGUGUGAUGAGGUUUUCACUAAUUCUGGUAAACUUAUUUGUCACCAGGUGCUCUCUCACAAAAAGAAAUAACUUGUAUCUUCUCCUUUUUGAGCCCCUGUCCAAUUGAAAUAUAAUUCUUUUAAAUAGCAA